AUGGAGAUCCGUGAGGACGUCCUCGCGGAGAGAUUGGGGAAGCGUCUCAGCGAUAAUGUUCAGGAAAUCCAAGAACAUGUUCAAGGUAGUCACCAUAAAACAUUCAUGGCAACGUUGGGCAGUGGCGAGCAAAGAUUCGUGCGAGUCCAUUUUCCGGAGCUCAAGCGGUUCGGAGCAGGCAUAUCACCGAAAAACAAGAUGCCCUCAGAGAUCGCCACCAUCAAGUACAUACGGAAAUAUACGCAGAUUCCCGCUCCUGACGUCCUGGGGUACGAUGCAGACGAGGAUGGAGGAGUAGGCGGCGAGUGGAUGGUCAUGGAAUAUGUGCGCGGCACCCCGCUGAUCAUGGCGUGGGCCGCCAUGUCCGAUGACCAACGCCGCCAAGUCACAAAGCAUGUUGCGGAUAUCUGGGCCCAACUUCUUCGCCUCAGGUUCAGCCACAUUGGCAGCCUUCAAGAAGACGGCAAAGGCGACUUCUUCGUCGGGCCUCUGACGCGCUUACCAUCGAACAACAGCAGAGAUAUAGGGCCACCAGAUCCCUCGCAAUGCGGCCCAUUCGACAACCCAAAGGAAUGGCUUCUGGCUAUAGCAGCUCGACAGCUGGAUUUUUCUCGGGACGCGCCGCGCAGCUCCGAACAGCUCGCGAAUAUCGAAGAACUUGUAGAGGAGCUGCGUUCUAACCCUGAGUUGGACGAAGCUGGGGGAAUGGAAAUAUCCAGUAUUGCCUUACAACAUAUUGACAUGAAUGUCAGCAACAUUCUGGUCGACGACGCCGAUCCGACUCGCAUUGUCGCCGUUAUCGACUGGGAGGGUGCUCGGACAGUUCCGCUGUGGGCAAUUCAGCCCCGCUUCUUCCAGCAUUUACAGGAAGCAUCCGAUGAGGAGGUACGAGACCUCCAAUUGCUCACUUGCAGGGCCGUGGGCGAACGAGAACCUCUGUGGCUCCGCGCAAUGGGAGACGAGGGGCAGAAACUCAGAAGGUGGCUCAGGGGCGCAGAAGAUAGCCCCUGGCGGUUUGAUGAAGCGGAUUAUGAAAGCAUUGACCGACGCCUGCAAGGAUUGAUAGCGUAG